AUGCUGCACCUCAACUUCAUCCUGCUAAUUGUUCUGUUACUUGGGGCCAGUCUCGGGGAUGCCUUCCCCUCAGACGCCCUCAAGAAGACCUGCAGUCUGUCCAAGUACCAGUCCCCCGUGCCCCAUGAGCUGAAGGCUGUGCAGAAGAUGAAACAAGAGUUUGAUGACCUCUUGCUGCUCUCAGACCGCAGAUGCCACACCAACCUCUUCCAUCGGAAAAAGACUCUAGUGGCGGCAGAGCUGUCGGUACCUGACCGACUGAUGCUGGUAGAAGCUGAGCUGGACUUUGCCAUCACCAUGCUGGAGCUCCCUGCCCCCACCAGAUUCACUGGGACGCGCCAGCGCCCCUUGGCCUUCCUCACUCAGGCCCGGCAGGACCUGCGAGACUGCAUGGCCACAGAGGCACCUUCACAUCAGCCCUCCAGGAAACUGAGGCACCAGCUGCAAAAGCUGGAGACAGCCAGGAAAACAGAGACCACGGGCUGCCUGGAGGCCUCUGCCAUCCUCCACAUCUUCCACAUCCUGAAGGACCUGCAGUGUGCAGCUCUCCGGGACCAGUGCACUUAA